UGCCACCAAGAAUCCCAUGGUGGUGGCUGCCCCCAAGAAUGCCAUGGUGGCAGCUGCCACCAAGAAUGCCAUGGCAAUGGCUGUCACCAAGAAUGCCAUGGUGGUGGCCACUGCCAACAGCUCAGCGGCCACCAAGAAGACCUCGGUGGUGGCCAUGACCACCAAGAACGCAUUGGCAACCACCAAGAACACCUCAGCAGCCACCAAGAAUGCCUUGGUGGUGGUGAUGACUAGCAAGGAGGCCUCAGCAGCCACCAAGAACGCCUCAGUGGUGGCCAUGGCCACCAAGAACAUCCCAGUGGUGGUGGUCUCCAACAAUGCCACAGUGGUGGCUGCCACCAACAAUGCCUCUCUGGCGGCCACCAACACCUCUGUGAAGGAACCAGAAGAGAUAAUGCAGACCUGCCAGAGCUUUCAGUGCUCCGGAGAGAGGUGCUACCAGGAUGAAGCCCAUGCCAACAGAACAACCACCUGCCACAAUGAGACCUACUGUGAGCUUUAUCGUUUCUCCAGCACAAACUACACAGCCAGGUGUAGCAGUGGGUGUGGUGCAGAGCCCUGCAGGACCAAUGGCAGCAUCAGCAGGCAGCAGUGCGCCCUGGAGUGCUGUGCUGGCCCUCUCUGCCUGCAGCUCAAUGCCAGUGCCUACGGUGACCUUCCACCCACCACCACCCCUGUGCCACACACAACCACCAGCAGCACCCCCCGGCCUCCCCCCCAGAAUGGAAAAGUGUGUGCAGCAUUCUCCUGUCACGGGGACCAGUGUUUCAAAGGCAGGAAGACCAUCACUAGGUGCAUUUUGGGGCAGGACUUCUGUGAGAUGAAGAAGACGGGCUUGAAUUACAUGGCAGGAUGUAGCAAAGCCUGCAAGGCUGCCAAACCAGUCUGUGCUGGUGGGAUGAAGGCUGCCUGUUACCAGGAGUGCUGCCCAGCCACCCCAAAAGCCAGCUGUCUGAAACUGGACGGCAAAGUUCAUGUUAACAGCGCUGGGCAAGUGACACUGGCCCCACUCUUGAAGGUCAUGGCAUGUGGGGUGCUCCUUCUCCUGAAUUACAGGGUCUCCACUUCUCUCUGGGGUUAGGUAGCAGUCAGGCAGCUCCACAGCCUCUCCUGUAGGAUCAGUAGGAUCCUGUUGCUCUCUGACUUCAGCCAAGGUUGCUAGCAAACACCCUCCUUACUGUCCCUCCCAUCAACAAGGUGCCCAGGGCCCUCUGCAUCAGCUCAUGGGCAGCUCACACCCUUGGGCACAUCUUUGCUUGCCCUGCACAGGACCUUGCUGUUGAUCCUAAACUCCCCCUUAAGCUGCUCUGAAUCCUGCACCAUCCCAGGAUGGGUGAGUCCUGGCAUAUCAGUAAAUUUGAAAUACUUGUAAACAAGAUUCCCCCUGUGUAUCCAGAGGAAAAGCAUUUAAUCUGUGCACUUAGAAAGCUCCAUCAAGGGAUUCUACCCUGCCCUGCCCAAAUCCUGUAGGCCUGAGAGACCUGGAAUUAAUUGUGGAUCCUGGGAGUGGUGCAGUGUGUGCCUCUCUGCUGCUGGAAUGGGGGACCUCAGGAACUGGAACAAGAGGGUUUUAGGCCUCCUUAAAACCCAGAAAAUUCUGCAUUGACUGAGGCACAGGGGCUGCUCUAAUCAAUGACCUGCUUGUGGCACAGUCUCCCUGCACCCCCUUUGACCUGUUGGUUUCAAAUAGGUCUUUUAGAAAUGCUUCUCGUCUGUGUAUGUAAAAUAGUAACUUCAUUUUUCAUCCCCCAGUCUUAGGCAGGGAAGUGGGAUUAAUCUAUAAGUGUCUCAUGUUUCACAUCUGUGGUUCUCUACCACUAAAGGCAGAGCCCAGAGGUGAGCACACAGAGCACAGGUGGAGCUGGCCAGGCAGAUUACCUGGAGGCAAUGCACUGCCACUCAAACACACAUGCACGGUGCUGUCCCUGCCACCACUGGUUCCUUAGA